UAGAGACUAUUUUGAUAUUACUCCAUUUAUAUUUGAGCAUUUAAUCUUCCUUUGCUCAAAGUGGAAGACGGUUUUUCUCGAAGCCCCGAGAGGUGAAUUUAGCAUCCAGACCAUAGCCUUGAAAUUAUUGUUAAUUAAUGGCAACAAAUGAGGAGCAUGAAGCUAAGUCGAUUCCUCCAUGGCCAAACUGACGUUCAACUCUUGAAAGAGAAUGUACCCAUUGUUACUUAUGAUAAUAUCAAGCUUUACAUUGAUGGGAUUUCUAAUGAGGAGCCAUUAAAUAUCUUUCUCCUUGAACUCGGCAUUGAAUUUUAUCAAUGUGAUGGAUGGGUUUUGAAGCCGAAGGAGAUGUACAAUGAUUGGGCUAGUAGACAAAAGUUCCAUGUUAAUGACACUCUUGUUUUCAAGUAUGAGAAAGGAUUAGACUCGGUUUUGUUAGUACACAAAUAUGAUUUCUUCAAGUGCAACAUGGAAAAUCCUUUAAAGAAAAUGAUUAGUGGGAGUUCUGAGUUUCGGUUUCCUCAAUCGGGUGCCUUCUUUUUCAUCAGUGGGAAAGAUGGUCAUUGUCAAAAGGGUCAGAAAUUGAUUACUGUUGUUAUGGCUGAGAGAAAUAGAGCCCCAUUUGCUCAUCCACCAAAACCAGAGCCUCUGAUCUCACCUCAUGGUCUGGCUGUAGAAGCUCCCGAAGCAUCAUUUUUGUGGCCAGCGCAGUCACCUGAGCAUCAUGGCCCUCUUUUUGAACCUCUUGAAACAUCAAUUCUAGAGCUGAAACACCAUUUGAGGAGUCAUGGUCCUGUUCUAGAAUCUCUUAAAGCAUCGUCUCCAGGGCCAGCAUACUCUCCCAAGCAUCAUACCACUGUUGUAGAACCUCCCAUUGCAUCACCUCCCGAGCUAGGUCACUCUCCCGAGCAUCCUGGCCAUAUUGCAGAACCACCUAAAGCCUUAUCUCUGGUGCCUGUGCACUCUCCCAAGAAUCAUGAAGCAUCAUCUCCAGAGCCAGCGCACUCUCCCGAGCAUCAUAGCCAUGUUGCAGAAUCACCUGAAGCCUCAUCUCUGGUGCCCGCACACUCUCCCAAGAAUCAUCACCCUGUUAGAGAAACUCCUGAAGUAUCAUCUCCGGGACCAGCAUACUCACCCAGGCAUCAUGGCCCUGUUUUUGAACCCCCUGAAACAUCAAUUCUAGAGCCAGAACACUCUCUCAAUCAUCACGGCCCUGUUCCAGAAUAUCUCAAGGCAUCAUCUCCGGGGCCAGCAUACUCACUCAAACAUCAUAGCCAUGUUGCAGAAUCACCUAAAGCCUCAUCUCUGGUGCCUGCACACUCUCCCAAGAAUGAUCACCCUGUUGGAGAAAUUCCUGAAGCAUCAUCUCCAGGACCAGCAUACUCACCCAAGCAUCAUGGCCCUGUUUCUGAACUCCCUCAAACAUCAAUUCUAGAGCCAGAACACUCUCUCAAGCAUCAUGGCCCCGUUCUAGAAUCUCUCAAAGCAUCAUCUCCGGGGCCAGCAUACUCACCCAAACAUCAUAGCCCUGUUGUGGAACCUCCCGAAGCCUCAUGUCCAGAGCAAGCACAGUCUCCCGAUCAUCAUGGCACUAUUGCAGAACCUCCCAAAGCGUCAUCACCAGAGCCAGCCCCCUCUCCCAAGCACCAUGGCCCUGUUGCAGAACCAGCCAAAGCCUCAUCUCCAUGGCCAGCACACUUACCCAAGUAUCAUGGCUCCAUUGUAGAGGCCCCAGAAACAUCGAAUCUAGAGACAAAAAAUUCUCCCAAGCACUAUGGACCUGUUCUAGAACCUCUGAAAGUAUCAUCUCUUGGGCCAGCCCACUCUCCCGAGCAUCAUGGCCCUGUUGCAGAACCAGCCAAAACCUCAUCUCAGGGGCCAGCACACUCACCCAAGCAUCAUGGCUCUGUUGUAAAACCACCAGAAAUAUCAAUUCCAGAGACAAAAAAUUCUCUCAAGCACGAUGGACCUCUUCUAGAACCACUUAAAGCAUCAUCUCUAGGACCAGCACACUGUCCUGAGCAUCAUAUUUCCGUUGAAGAACCUCCCAAAGCAUUAUCUGCAGAGCCAGCAUACUCUCCCGAGCAUCAUGACCCUGUUGCAGAGCCUGCCAAAGCCCCAUCCCCAGUGCCAGCUCACUCUUCCAAGCUCAAUGAUCAUGUUCCAAAACCACCCAAAGCAUCAUCUCUUGGAUUAGCAUACUCACCCAAGCAUCAUGGCCCUGUCGUACAACCACCUGAAACCUCAAAUCUAGAGCCAAAUUUCUCUCCAGAGCAUCAUGGCCCUGUAGCAGUAAUGCCCAAAGCAUCAUCUCCAGAGCCAGCACACUCUUCCGAGCAUUACAUUCAUGGCCCUGUUGGAAAACCGCCCAAAGCAUCAUCUCCGGGGCCAGCUUUGGCUCCCAUAGCUUCAUCCGUUGUUGUCCAAUCUCCUAAAGAAUCAUUUCCAUUACCAGCAACACACUCUCCCAUGCCUCAUCUCCCUGUUGCAAAUCCUCCUCAAGUAUCAUCUCCAAAACCUGAAACAGCACCAUCACCCACUUCAAGGGCACAUCUCCCUAUUGGAUAUCCUCCCAAAGCAGAAUCACCAUCACUAGGAUUAUCUCCAAGACCCCAAACACCAUCUUCAACAUCACCCAAAGCUUCAACUCCGUCCCAUUCUCAUGGAGCUUCUUCGGCAACAACACCAGCCACAACUUCAACUCCACUAGCUCAGCCACCAGCCACUUCACCUUCUCCAGCUGGUUCUCAAUCACCAAUAGGCGCUUCUGCCAAUGUGUUGUUGUCAGCUUCAACACCUUCCAGGUCAUUUGGCAAUGCAACUUCUUCAAGCCUUUUGCUAUUAGUUGCCAGUAUCUUAUUGGGUGUGCGACCCGGUAGCUUUUGGGGUGGCUUUUAGGAAUGUUGAUUGAUUUAAUUGAGGUUUAGAGAUAGUUACUAUUAUUUCAUUUUUUUUAGAUUAAUUACACUAUUCUUUUAUUAAUUUAUAAUGUUUUAGUGAUCGUAUUUGUGGUUGAGCUUUGCAUGUGCUAAAUUUGCUUCACAAUAAAAAUUUUAUUUUCUUUUAAA